UUUGCCAGUGCCCCGUCUCAUGGUGGAGAGGAAGGAUACCACAUGUGGUUCUGAGCGUUCUUUUCCAAUCUCUUUUCCUUCUCUUUUCCGUUAACCCACUCGGCCGCCACGCACAUCAUCCCGUGGGAUCUCGACAAGGCGAAAUCGACCGACUUUUGAGGCGCCUCAAAAGCCAUCUCUCUUCCGUCUCCCUUCCGUCUCCCUUCCGUCUCCCUUCCCUCUCCCUUCCUUCUCCCUUCCAUCUCCCUUCCAUCUCUCUUCCGUCUCUCUUCCCAUCUCCCUUCCGUCUCCCUUCCAUCUCCCUUCCAUCUCCCUUCCGUCUCCCUUCCGUCUCCCUUCCGUCUCCCUUCCGUCUCCCUUCCGUCUCCCUUCCGUCUCCCUUCCGUCUCCCUUCCGUCUCCCUUCCCUCCCUCUGCCCUCCCUCUCCCCUCCCUCUUCUCACCCUCUCCCCUCCCUCUUCCCUCCCUCUUCCCUCCCUCUUCCCUCCCUCUUCCCUCCCUCUUCCCUCCCUCUUCCCUCUCUAUUCCCUCUCUCUUCCCUCUCUCUCCCCUCUCUCUUCCCUCUCUCUUCCUUCUCUCUUCCAUCUCUCUUCCAUCUCUCUUCCGUCUCUCUUCCAUCUCUCUUCCAUCUCUCUUCCCAUCUCUCUUCCAUCUCUCUUCCAUCUCUCUUCCAUCUCUCUUCCAUCUCUCUUCCAUCUCUCUUCCAUCUCUCUUCCAUCUCUCUUCCCAUCUCUCUUCCCAUCUCUCUUCCAUCUCUCUCCCAUCUCUCUCCCAUCUCUCAACCCAUCUCUCUUUCAUCUCUCUUCCAUCUCUCUCCCAUCUCUCUUCCAUCUCUCUCCCAUCUCUCUUCCCAUCUCUCUUCCAUCUCUCUUCCAUCUCUCUCCCAUCUCUCUUCCCAUCUCUCUUCCAUCUCUCUUCCAUCUCUCUCCCAUCUCUCUUCCAUCUCUCUUCCAUCUCUCUUCCAUCUCUCUUCCAUCUCUCUUCCAUCUCUCUUCCCAUCUCUCUUCCAUCUCUCUUCCUUCCAUCUCUCUUCCAUCUCUCUCCCAUCUCUCUUCCCAUCUCUCUUCCCAUCUCUCUUCCAUCUCUCUUCCAUCUCUCUUCCAUCUCUCUCCCAUCUCUCUUCCCCCUCUCUUCCCCCUCUCUUCCCCCUCUCUUCCCCUCUCUCUCCCCUCUCUCCCCCCUCUCUCCCCCCUCUCUCCCCUCUCUCUCCCCUCUCUCUCCCCUCUCUCUCCCCUCUCUCUCCCCUCUCUCUCCCGUCUCUCUCCACUCUCUCUCCCCUCUCUCUCUCCCGUCUCUCUCCACUCUCUUUCCCCUCUCUCUCCCGUCUCUCUCCACUCUCUCUCCCCUCUCUCUCUCUCCCGUCUCUCUCCCCUCUCUCUCCCCUCUCUCUCCCGUCUCUCUCCACUCUCUCUCCCCUCUCUCCCGUCUCUCUCCACUCUCUCUCCCCUCUCUCUCCCGUCUCUCUCCACUCUCUCUCUCCCGUCUCUCUCCACUCUCUCUUCCCUCUCUCUCUCGUCUCUCUCCCGUCUCUCUCCACUCUCUCUCCCCUCUCUCUCCCGUCUCUCUCCACUCGCUCUUCCCUCUGUCUCUCCCGUCUCUCUCCCCUCUCUCUCCCCUCUCUCUCUCCCGUCUCUCUCCCCUCUCUCUCCCGUCUCUCUCCACUCUCUCUCUCCCGUCUCUCUCCACUCUCUCUUCCCUCUCUCUCUCGUCUCUCUCACGUCAUCAAUCACAUAG